ACAACAGUAGAUCGAACGGGUUGGACGAGCGAGUAUUAAUUGAUUCUCUAUAACUCGUGGUCUUCUAGUUUUUCAAAACAUUCCGGAAGGAAAAGUUUUGAAAUAGUGUAAGGUAAAGUUCGAAGUAUUUACUUUUUGACCAGUACAACAUCGAGGAGCUCAUUACAAAAAAAAAAAGAAGGGAGCAUCGCGUCAGAAUCCUGGCUGUGUCACAUGUUGAUUUAGCUUGAAUAGUGCUGCAUUUCACACAAAAUGUCAGAAAACUUGAAGGACUUUCCACUUGGACCCCCUCCUUCAUAUGAAACUACAUAUAACGUGAACGAUAACAGUGACUCCGAGAAGCAAGACAGUGUCAAUCAUUUUAUCGAGAUUCCCAGCUAUUUUGAAUUUGAGGAUCCUCCACCGUACAAAGAAAAAGAAUCAACGAGAGUUUUUGAAGACACCAGAGGAUUCCAGUUUGUCUUUCCACUCAUAACGCGUCCUUGGAAAAGAUUCUUCGCUGUAUGUCUAAGAGGCCAGUGCAAUCUUGCUCCUGAAAAUUUUGGCCAGAACAUGACAUACUAUCAGUUGAAUUAUUCAUGGAUUUUGUUGCUUGUUGUUAUUGUUGCUGUCGUAGUGAUUGAUUCAGAGGAUUUGAACUUUUGUGUUCUUUGGACAAGUUUUUCAAUCCUUGUGAUCUGUGUGCUAAAUGUGGUUGGGUUCUACUCGAUUACUCUGUUAGGUCAGAAGCUGUCCUUUUCAGAGCAGUUAAUAGCUCUGGUCAUGUUUGAGCUUCCUUUCUAUGGUUUGCUUCCAGGAGCUGUACCUUUCAUUUUUUAUAUUGCUCCAUUUGCCUUUUUUGUGAUGAUCCAUGCUUGUUUGACACCAGUGAACAAGACUGUUACGUGGAUGUGCAAAAUUCACCACAUCUGAAUUUAAAAAAUUUUGAAAAAUUCAGCUUUGUUUCAACUAAAGCAAUCAAAAGAAGGAAAGUAGAAAAUUAAACAUCAUCAUCAUCAUCAUCAUCAUAGUUUAUUUAAUAAAGCAGGUUGAGGGGUAGGCAAGACAUUAAGUCCUGAUGUGGACCUGCACUAAUUAAAAUUAUCAAUUAAUAAAAACCUAGAUAGUGAAUAAAUCGAAAAUGGGUAUGUAAAUAAUGACGAUUGGAAUAAAUAAAUAUUAAUAACAAUACAGAGUAAAUAUUAAAAGUAUUUAAAUUCAAAAGAUUUGUGGGAAAGGCUGCAGGAAGCUUUAGCAAAACUGAUAGAUUUCAGAAUACUCUUAUUUUCCUUAAGUUUUCUCUUGAAAGAAGUUGGGUUUGAACAUGGUCCUAAGAGGGGAAGGGGUUUUUACAGUAGGAAGGGGCAGGCAAAGUUCCUAUUCAAGGUGUUUCAAUCAAACCUCUACCCUAAGUGUUAGGUAGUAGAAUUGUUUUAAUAGAUGUAAAAUAAUUUAUUUUAGGUUUUAAGGCAUUGCUAAGUUGUAAGUACUGUUUACCUAUGGCAUGCAAUUUAACGUGGCCCUGACAAGAGAGUGCUUUUGUCGAUAAUGAUUGACUUUCACUUUGUGAUUCAUUGUCACUUAGCCCUUUAACUCUCAGGAGUGAUUAACAUAUAACUUCUCCCUAAAAUAUCCAAACAUUGUCAAGCAAACAGGUA